UUCAAUGUUGGAACAGUUCAAGGACCAAACAUUUAUCUUAGUGAGAGCAUUUUCUAAUUAAAUAAAACCUACAACUGGACUAGGAUACUGUAGAAUAUACACAUUUGACCAAACGGUGAACGGACCUGUCGCCAACUACAUAAGUGUUCAAGCUUGGUCAACGUGCAAGGGGAUCUUGUGUGUACAGUCCUCUAGGAUAUGCACAUGAGAAUAUGGCUCAACAUCUGAGAACUAAUGAAUGUUCCUAAUUGGUGAAAACACCUCCCUAAGUAACCAGGUUUAACAGCAUAAUCAUGAACCGUGGGUCCUUUAAGAAUGUGGUGCGACCGAACAUGCCUUUAAGGAGGCCAUCAACCAGCCCUGCAGGUGCCACUGCAACCCCAAGUGCCCCUUACCCAACGCCAGUUCGCCCUCUAGCGAGCUCCUAUGCUGAUGCUGAGGCCAGCCAAAAGGAAACUGCUGUAAUUUUAAACAACUCUAUGGUAACUGCAUCCAUGACACCAGUAACUGUUCGGUUGUGCAACUACUGUAGUCAGCAAGGUUACCUUCGCUGCAUAGGGUGCAAGAAGACCUGCUACUGCUCUGUGGCUUGCCAGUCAGAGGACUGGAAUGCACACCGGCACAUGUGCAAGCCCUCAACACUGGAUACUCUCACAAGUGAUACAAAAAAGGAAACCACUGCUUUGCUGACGGGAAAUGGACAGAGCCUGUUGGACUGCAAGGUGUUACAGGUGAUCCACAACAAUGACAUUUCCCCCCAACGACUGUACCUGAGGGACCUUCGUAAGAGUGACAUUACCAAAGGAAUGGAAUUUCAGGUGUCUGUGGUGGAAAUGCUUAGCCCUGGUAGGUUCUUUGUUCAUGUUGAAAGCCCAGAGCUGAUUGAUGCUCUUAAAGCCAUUACUGUGGAACUGCAGAAGUCAAAUGGCAGCAUGCUAAGAACAGAGUACAAGCCUGACACAGGGGAGGUCUGCGCUAUCAAAUACUCGCUUGAUCAGAACUGGUACAGAGGUGUUGUCCAGUCUGUUGCUGCAGAUGAGAGAAGUGCUAAUAUUCUCUACAUUGAUUUCGGAAAUGAAGAAGAUGUGACACUGGAUCGGAUAAAACCCCUUGCUGCCAGCAUUGAACCGAUUCCACCAUGUGCUAUGGAGUGCACUGUUGCUGGGAUAACACCAGUGACUGAUUGCUGGAUGGGGGAGUGCUGCAUCGCUGUGAGACAACUGGUGGCUGGAAAGAGCCUGAAACUCACUGUGGUGGACACAGACAAGAAUGGACGCACAUAUGCAGUGGAUAUUCUGCUGGCUUCAAUUGGCAAACAGCUAAGCACUUUCCUCAUGGACCAUGGUUAUGCUGUGAGUGAGGUGGUCAAUACAAAGCCCACAGAAGUGGAAAUUGACUCCCUGGUGAGUGCAUCCUUGGAAAACUUUCGGAGUCAAUCUAGGGGUAAGAACGAGAACAUUGAAGCCCAGCCCCCUGAUCCUCUGACCCAGGGACUGGGAGACACCUUUGCUGCCAUGGUGACGCACCUGCAGUCACCUUAUGACAUCAUCUGUCAGAAACUGGACAAUGCCAGUGUAAUUCAGGAGCUGCAGCUGAAACUGAGGGAGCACGGCUCUCAGACCCCAGCAAGCGAGAAUUUUCGACCUGCCCCUGGUACAGUGUGUUGCUCCCUAUUUUCUGAGGACAACCAGUGGUACAGAGCCAAAGUGCUGGGCUACUCCUCUGAGGAGAAGGUGUGUGUGGGCUACAUUGACUUUGGCAACUCAGAGGAGGUGGAGUUGAGCCGUCUAAGGCCCAUCAACAACGAGCUCCUAGCCCUGCCGACACAGGCUAUCCCAUGUGCUCUUGCAGGAGUCCGUCCCACAGCUGAGGACUGGUCAGAGGAGAUUGUGAUGAUGCUGAAACGUAUGGUGUGUAACCGAUUCCUACGAGUGGAGAUCCUAGGCCAGAGGGAAGGUAUGGCACUUGUGGCUUUGAUCGACGAGUCUAGUGACCCCCAGGGCAACGUGGCUGAGCUUCUGGUUGCUGCCGGUUAUGCCUUGUCUGCCAACAGCCCAGACAAGGACAAUGCAACAAAGGGGCAGACGGAAGGAGCUUCAACAGAAUUUGCUCACGUGGUCAAGCCUUCUUUGGGAACAGAGCUGCUGUGGACAUGUGCUGAGCUUCCCACAAAUGGCCAGAUGAUGUCACUGGUGGUCAGUGUGAUUGAGCAUCCUGGAGAGUUCUACUGCUACAAAUGUAACCAGGAAGAUCUGCAGGUUCUAGUAGAUCUGGGUGAUGAACUGAGGCAUCACUGUGAGACAGACAUGACCCCUUGCAUUCCCAGUGUGGGAGAGCCCUGCUGCGCCCUGUUCUCUGGUGAUGGGGCAUGGUACCGUGGUGUGGUGCAGAGUGUGCAUCCUGAUGGUAAUGCCCGUGUGUAUUUUGUGGACUAUGGCAACACCAAUGAGGUAGAACAAGCUAAUCUCAGAGCGAUCACACCCAGGCUCCUCGAACACCACUUCCUGGCCAUCCGCUGCUGGCUCUCAGGUGUUGAGCCUCUGGGCCCCCAGUGGGGCACUGAGUCUAUAAGCCGCUUCCAGGCCCUCUGUGUUGGCCAGCAGCUCCUUGGCCGUGUCCUAUCCAUCACAGAAAGAGGUUAUGGACUUGAACUGGAAAGCGGUGGUCAGGAUGUGGCAGUCACACUGCUUUCAGAGCAGCUAGCUAAAGCUACCGGGCAGAGUCCAGCCCAGGCUAAACCUGCUCCCACUGUCCGAAAAACACUCCAGCAACAGCCCAUUCAGAAUUCCACUCAAAGAGGCAUCACAACCUGCAUGGAAGAACCUGAUGCCAAAGCCACCGGUCAAAAUGGGCCACCCUCUGAGAAGCAAGUUAAAACAAAUGUGAGAGAGGCUAGUGCUGGACAGUCAGCAAUAUUGGUCAUGCCUUCUGGGUCAGAUGUAGUUGCAUCAUCUGUAGGCACCUUCCCUCUGAAAUGGAAGACAAUGGAGCUACCUCGCAAUGAGACCUUCCAGCCUACCAUUGCAGCUGUGGUCAGCCCCAGUCUAUUCUACGUGUUAAACCCCAUCCAAGUGAAUGUGGAGAGGCUGCAGAAUGUGAUGAUGGACUUGGGUGUAUACUGCACCAUCAACUACUCACCUAGUCACUGCAAACCCAUGCCAGGAGCUGCCUGCUGUGCCCAGUUUUCAGGUGAUAAGAACUGGUACCGAGCUGUUGUCCUGGGGACCACAGAGACUGAGGCCAGUGUACUCUACGCAGACUAUGGCAACUCAGAGAAGCUCCCCUUCGCCAGCAUCCUGCCCAUUCCCACAGAAUUUCUGCAGCUUCCAUUUCAGAUUACCCGCUGUGCCCUCAAAGGUACAGAGCAUUUCCCAUCAGUGUGGCCUGUGGAAGUCCUUGAAGUCUUUAGGGCAAUGCUAUGUGAUGGGGUGCUGGCCUCUGUACAGGCCUUCGAUGGCCACUCCAACCUGCUGUCAGUGUCUCUGCACAUGGAGCGAGGCGGGGGCAGCCUCAAUUCUAUGAUCCUAGAGGUACUGCAGAGCACACAAGCCUGCAAUGCCCAGACAUUGGUCCCCAGACAAGAGCCAGCCAAGUCCCCAGUCCUCACCACAGUUCCAGACAAGACCUCAGACAACAGCCUGGUGGCUGAACAGGACGAGGCCACAACAGCUACUGCUCCAGUGACCGUUUCAGAACUUGCUACUGCGAAAAAGAGUGAACCCAAGGAACUAGGAAGCCUAACAUGUUCAAAGAGUCUGAAUGAUUCUUAUUCCCCAUGUUGCUGCCAGGACUUGGUGCAAAAGAUUGAUAAAUUAGAAGAGCGCAUUCUCCUCCUCAUGAGGCAAAUUGGUGGAAGCAAAUGGGUGGAUGGUCAGAGUGACUGCCAUAAAAAUUGAGCACGCAAGUCUGUGUUAAAGGAAUAUUAAUGAAUACAUGUUGGUGUUGAGUUCUUUUCAAAAGUCAUUUUACUUUACUGCAGUUUCCGUAGUUUUUUUCAGUGUCAGACGUGCCUAAAUCUCUGUUGGUUGUGUAAGUUACGUUACACAUUCUAUUAAUAUUACAUGAAAGUGUUUUGUUUUCUAUGGCAUUUCAGCUUUAUAUACCAUAAUUGUAACCAGUGAACUGCUUUUUCCAUUUUUAUCAUUUGUUUUUGGUCAUCUAUAUUUUCAGAUUAACUUCAUACUGUAUUUUUAUUUUUUUAUUUUGACCUGAAAACUACAACAAGAACUGUAUUUGAAUUGUUUGGAUGUUUGUUUUGAUAGCAUUUAUUGUAGGAAGAUUUACAUUUUCCUAGUGGCAUUCAUCAUUGGCUAUGUACACAAUCUAGUUUGGUUAGUUUUUAGAUAAUGUUAGCACUGUUGGGUUGCAACUUUGUACAAAAGU